CAAAUUAUAGAUUGCGGUGCCCUAGCACAAAAAAAGUGGCCAUUCACAACAAAAAAAAAAGAAAAUUGUUACAUGACUUACAUCAGACCAUCAGAAUCAUUGAUCAAAUGUUGUGAAACCCUAAUUCCUAAAUUAACAACAACAACGAAGACGUUUAUAGCAAUUCUUCAUCUCAUCCUCUCUCCCAUUGCUAUCAACAAGCAGUUGACAUCGUAACCAAAUUCAACCUUCAUUUGAGUAGAACAAUGGCAGCUGCUAUGGCGAAACACCAGGCCCUUGCAAUUUCUCUUCAGCCCAAACAAUACUUUAACUGCCUGCAUUGUCGGAAUUUCUUGAAUAACGGGCCGGACACGGUGGAAGAGCUUCUGGAUCGACAUGUAGUCAAGAAAAAGAAAAGUUUUGAUGACACUGAAGAUGAGAUAUUGACUAGGCAAAAGCUUACAAGCACCCGUCGUGAAGUAAUGGGCCUCUAUCGAGACAUAAUUCGUGCGACCCGUUAUUUCAUGUGGCCUGAUUCACAUGGUGUUUUGUGGCGGGAUGUUCUCAGAGCAAAUGCCCGAAAGGAGUUUGAAGAGGCCCGGUUUGAGAAAGAUCCAGAAGUUAUUACGCGGUUGCUUAUUGGUGGACAUGAUGCUGUUCAAGCUGCUCUUGAUAAAUUAGUUGAAAAGCAGAAGCAGCAGAUUGCUAAGGAGCAAGCAGACCGUGAUCGUCGAUGAUACAGUCUUUAACAUUUUCGGCAAACUUUUACAUCUUAUUGUCAGGAAAACGAUGUAAAGGUCUACAUGCUUCUUUAGGAACAGCAUCUUCGUAUGGUAUGCUACACGUGUAGGAACGUUACUUCUUCAAAUCUUGGUUUAUUCUCAAAUGAUUGACGUAUUGGCCAUUUGAUGGCUUUAGUGAUCAUUGCUGUUGCCUGCUGCUGGGUAUAGUUUUUUUUUUUUUUUUUUUUUUUUGUAGUUUUCUGUAAAUUGAUCUAUAUAUUUCAAUACUUCCUCUCAAUUUAUCAUCCAAAUACAUCAUAUAAAUCAAACAACUUGUUUAAUGACAUUUGUAACAUUUUUGUGAUA